CACGCUAACCAGGAAGCUCUGGACGAAAGAGAAAGGAACGAAUAUGGCAAGGAUGAGAUCUAUUCUUGUUCUCAUCACGUAUGCGUCGAUUUUUCUUCACGUUUCUUGUGGAUGGAACACCUACACCUCCAGAUUCAAACAAUUUUCGCACAUCAAGAGUAAAACUCCAAGCGACGUGCAGGAACAAGCAGUGAGCGACUUGAUUGCUCGCCUGAUUCCAAAAUACGCCUCCAAGUUUGUCAUAAAGGUGAACUCUAGUCUCGGACCGCAUCGAGAUCUGGACACUUUUGAAUACGUCUCCGAUACCAAAGAAGGAAAACUUGUGAUAACUGGAACAACAGGAGUUGCAGCAGCUCUGGGAUUUCAGCACUUUCUCAAAUACAGCUGUCACGCUCAUAUCUCUUGGAGUGGUGAUCAGUUAAAGAUACCAGAACCUUUCCCUGUUGUGGAACAACCUGUUACAGUUACCAGUCCAAACAGAUUUCGCUACUAUCAGAAUGUAUGCACUGUGAGCUACUCUUUUGUUUGGUGGAAUUGGACUCGGUGGGAACGCGAAUUAGACUGGAUGGCUAUGAAUGGCAUAAAUCUGCCAUUGGCAUUCAAUGGACAGGAAGCGAUCUGGCAAAAAGUAUAUCUGAGAGUGGGUCUCACUCAACAAGAGCUUGAUCAGCAUUUUGGGGGACCUGCUUUCCUGGCCUGGGCAAGGAUGGGUAACCUGCGUGGUUGGGGAGGCCCUCUUCCUUCCUCAUGGCAUACAAAUCAGCUGGAGCUGCAGCACAAAAUCUUGGACAGGAUGCGAGCAUUUGGAAUGACACCUGUCCUGCCAGGUUUUGCAGGACAUGUUCCAGAAGGUUUGAUCAGAGUAUAUCCAAAGGCAAAUGUUUCAAGACUUUCUGAUUGGGGUCAUUUCAACAGUACCUUUUGCUGCACAUAUCUCUUGGAUCCAUCUGACCCUCUUUUUCAGAAAAUUGGGGGAUUCUUUAUCAAAGCACUGAUCUCAGAAUUUGGCACAGAUCAUAUCUACAAUGCUGAUACAUUCAAUGAGAUGACUCCACGAUCAAAUGACACUUCAUAUCUGUCUGGUGCCAGCAAAGCAGUGUAUGAAGGAAUGCUUGCUGGAGAUCCUAAUGCCACCUGGCUUAUGCAAGGCUGGCUUUUCCAGGACAGAAAUUUUUGGAAGCCACCACAGAUCAAAGCAUUGUUACAAGGGGUGCCUCAAGGUAAAAUGAUUGUCCUAGAUUUAUAUGCAGACGUUCAUCCUGUUUGGCAAAGAACAGAGUCCUUUUAUGGACAGCCAUUCAUUUGGUGUAUGCUGCACAACUUUGGAGGAAAUAUUGGUUUCUAUGGCAAUUUCAUGAAUGUCACUACAGGACCAGUCCAUGCUCAAACACAUAAAGGCUCCACCAUGAUUGGGACUGGGUUAACACCUGAAGGAAUUGAACAAAAUGAUGUUGUCUAUGAGCUUAUGAAUGAGAUGGGCUGGAGAUCUGAAGCAGUGGACAUUCCCUCCUGGGUGAAGGAGUACUCCUACAGGAGAUAUGGUGGCACAACUAACUUCUCACUAAAUGCUUGGAAGCUGCUAACACAGAGUGUUUACAACUGCAGUGAUGAACAUCCAGAUCAUGUUCGUUCUGUCAUUGUGAAUCGGCCAUCACUCGACAUGAGGUUCAACCUGUGGUACAAGCCUGAAGAUGUGUGGAGUGCAUGGGAUGCAAUGAUACUGACGGCAGAAACCUUUAAUUCAGUGGAACCAUUUAGAUAUGACCUAGUGGAUGUAACUCGACAGUCCCUGCAACUGAUUGCCAUCACCAACUAUGAUGACAUGAUUGCUGGCUUCAAGGCCAACUCAACAUCUGCAGUGCAGGCUGCUGCUGUCAAGUUAUAUGAAGUAUUUGUGGACAUGGAUGCAAUUCUGUCAUCCAACCAAUACUUCCUGCUUGGACAUUGGCUCAACAGUGCAAAGGCCCUUGCAACAAACUCUCAGGAGAAAGAAUUAUACGAGUACAACGCUCGUAACCAGGUUACUCUGUGGGGUCCUCGUGGGAAUAUUGAUGACUAUGCUAAUAAGAUGUGGGGUGGACUGGUGAAUACUUACUAUAAACCACGCUGGGAGCUAUUUGAGUCGUACCUUGUUGAUGCAAUUUCAAAUGGAACUGGGUUUAAACCUGAUAAGUUUAAUGCAGCUGUUUUAGAUCACGAAACAAAGUGGACACAGGGUACAGCAUCCUUUCCAGAUGCUCCUGUUGGUGACACUUUGACCAUUGCAAAAAAGUUGCAUGGAAAGUACAGGCCCAAGAAUGAUCAAUUUUUUUGUUGCUCUGUGAACAUCUAAGGCGCAUUAACGACGAUGGAAGACAACUGAAUGAUUCAUACACUUGCAAAGUAUUGAUUGUUUUUAGCGCAGUUUGGUACUGUAGUGAAGGACUACAAUACACAAAUAUGCCCCAUAUGAAGUUCAUAUACAUGACUGAAAGCAAUUUUCUGAAAAGAAACUUAAUUACUUUCAGUGAAAAGUAGAUUAUGAUAAAAUGUGAAGUCACAAAAAUUUUUACAGAGUGGUCAAAGAAGAAAUAUAUACGCAAGGUUUUCUCAAAGUUUUUUUAAGAAAAGUACUUGCUGUCGAGAAAAAAUAGUUCAUCGGUAAAACUGAUUAUUUUACAGUAAUGAUUUUUUACGGAGUAAUGAAAGCUGAAAUACAUACAGUGUUAUCUCUUUAA